UAAUAGAAUAAUUAUUAAUUUUACUUUAUUUUUAAUUUUUUUCUUGUAAACACCGCAGCCAGAUAGGUAUUGUUACUUGACAAUAAUCUAAAAAAUAAAUUAAUCAUAUUUCACUACUUGUGCGAGCAUAGUAUUACUAUAAGAUUCUUGCAAACUGUUUCAAUAAUUUACUGCAGCCGACGGUGAUUAUCGACCAAGUACAAUUCUAUUCGAUGGUCGAUAAAUUUACAAAAAAAUAAUGGCUAAUAAAAGUUUAGGUGGUCCGGAAACCGAGGAUCAAACUCGACUAAGGUUUCAAGUGGAACUAGAAUUCGUCCAAUGUCUUGCUAACCCAAAUUAUUUAAACUUUUUGGCUCAACGUGGCUUCUUCAAAGAACAAUCGUUUGUUAAUUAUUUGAAAUAUUUACUCUAUUGGAAAGAACCAGAUUACGCUAAAUUUAUUAAGUACCCUAUGUGUUUAUAUUUUUUGGAUCUCUUGCAACACGAAUCGUUUAGAAAAGAAAUAGCGGCCGCUGUUUGUUCGAAAUUCAUCGACGACCAACUGUUGCUAAUAUGGCAACACUACACGAGACGUCGAACGAAACUCCUUCAUACAGCCUACGAACACAAUAUGAACGUUAUGAAUAAGACCAAUCCGCCGGCCAUCGGUCAAGCCCAAACGAACGGCACCAACGGCAUCAUGCCAUCUGCCAUACCAAUUCCCAAAGUUAUGCCACCUUAAAAAAAUCUACAAUAAAUUUCUUAUUUAAAGUUGCAAUAAUAAUAAAAAAAAAUGGUGUUUAUAUAGAAUAUAUAUUAUAAUUUUACUGCUUUUUAAGGUUUAAAAAAUAUGUCGAUUGUGUGAUUAACAUUGUGAACAUAACACAAAUAAAUUGUAUUAUGAACUGUACAAAAUGAAA